AUGGCUCCCUUUCGCGGCGGCCCGAGCCUCUUUGAAUUCUCAGAGGCCGCCGCAGAGACUUCACCAUCCAACCCGUUUGAGGCCCAUGUAAAAGCUGCAACACCAACUACAACAACGGUAGCAACAGCAGACACAGGCGCUGCUGCUGCACCAGAAGCAAAAGCAGCAUUCUCCGGAGCUGCAGCACGGAAAGAAAAGGAGAUUAGCAGCAAUAACUCGCAUGCCUAUUUGCCUCCACAGAUUGACAGGGGAGGGCUCUUUCUAGGCCUGUACAAGAACAGGCCGAGAGCAUGUCUGCGGAGUGUUGGGCAUGAGCAAGCACAGCAGCAGCAACAGCAGCAGCAACCGCAGCAGCAGCAACAGCAGCAGCAGCAGGAGGUGGGGACGGAUUCAGCAUUUGCUUCGGGUGGGUCGGCGGGCAUUCCAGUUUCAAAUAGAGAGAACGGUAUUGCUGCUGGUACUGUUGAGGUGCUGCAGGCGCAGUGGAGACUGCUGCGGCGAGCUGCGCAACAGCAGCGGCAGGUGCUGCCGUAUAGUGUAGCAGCCAACAUCCCGCUACUGUUGCAUGAAACAGUUGCGGCCCUACAGCAGACAGUCAAAUUCGCUGUAUCCGAAGAGAUCCGCCAGGCAAAUGCAGCAGCAACUGCAACAGCAUGGGCUGCAGAAGCACCAUGCCCAGAUGAGUCGCUUCUGCGGUUGUGCCUGAACGUUCUGGCCUUCGGCUCAGCUUGUUUAGAUAGACAAAUAAAAGAGUUUGACACGGCAGCACAUGCUGCGGGUUCAGGGGAAGAACUCGUCAUGGAGAACCUGUCUCUUCAGCAUCUGUUGCCCCACUCGCGGCCGCAGCGCAGUGGAGACCGCAGGCAGCUCAGCAGCCGCAGCAGAAAUAGCCAGGUCCCUCUUCUUCAUAUGCCACCUGAGCUGUUGCUGCAGACAGCGAUGGUCGUUGUAAGGUGGUUCCAACGACAGCAAGAACGUUUAGCAGCAGGAGGCUCUCGUCUGGAAGCUCUGCAACCCACGGAGGCUGCUGCAGCAAUGCGGUCCCUUCUGCUGCUGCUUUGUUACUACGCCCCGUUGAAGCACCUCCAGCCUGCAGCUUCUGCUGCUGCGAUUCCGGUGUAUAUCCACAUCUUGCAGCAGCAGCAUGCGCUGCAGUGGUCGGUCGCUCUGAGAACUUACAGGGCUCUUCUUCUCCCCGAAAGAGCCGUCCGCCAGCGGCAGAGGCAGCAGCAGCAGGCGGUUACUGUCCCUGCUCCUAUCCCACGACUAGGCCAGCAACAGUGCCAACAGCAGCAGCAGCAGCAGUCGAGUUUAGCGAAGCUCUCCAGUGUGGCAUCCUCAUUUGACUACUGGAACGGCGGCUGCCCGGAGCUGUAUGUACUCCUCGACCGUGCGCUGCUGGAUUUCCUGAGAAAAAGAGCCCUAACGCCUGUGAAAGAUGGAGGUUCUAUAGCUCAAUCGCAGCAGCUGCAGGAGAAGAAGCAGGAACAGCAACAACAGAAGGAGGAGGAGCAACAGCCAGUUUUGGGAGGGAAUGUGGCGGGCCCUGUGUUUUCGCUUGCUCCUGUGGAGUGCUCGCAGCUGCUGCUGCGACCUUCGGCUUGCUUCUCUGUACGGUUGGCAGUCGGUAGCGAGCUUCUGCAGGUGCUGUUGCUGCUGCAACGCGACCCAAAUGCUUACCUGCACCAGCUCCUGCGACGUGGAGAAGGCGAGCACAUGCUAAUGCGGGAGACAUCUUCCCUGUCUACUGUUGCAGCCGCCGCCCGCAACGUACUUUCCUGGACUGACGUACCCAAUCGCUCAACCGGCAGCAGCAGCAUCAGCAAGGACAGCAGCAGCAACAUCAUUACACCACAGCAGCAGGUGGAGAUGUCGUGCUUGCGGCGGGAGUUACUGCAAGCAGUGCGUGGAGCUCUUCUUUCUAUGUUGUUUUCGUCCCCUCACCGCCAUGCUGUCACUAUUUCAUCGGAUGGAAGGCAUCGGCAGCAUCGGCAGCAACAUGGACACUUGCUGCUUCAACGGCUGCAAGCGGUGGCAGCAAUAUCCGAGGUGUGUCUUCAUCAGGAGGUGUUCACCAGGCCCAUUGCAUCUGCAUUGCUGUGGGAGGCUCUGAUGCUGCUGCGCCUGCUGGCGAACAAAGAGACAACAGCCACACCUGGCGUUCCUGCCGCUGCUGCUGCUGCUGCUGCCAGUGACUGGCAGCCACCGAAGCCGGUCCUUACUGCAUUGUUGGAGCUUGCACACCGGCUGAAUUGCACUCAGUUGCAUUCUGGUAGCGACUGGCCUGGAAAAGCAGAAGCAGCAGCGUCAGCAGCAGCAGGCUCAGCAUGCGGGGAGCCUGCACUGGUGUGGCAAGCGACGCGCUUCUUUGGGGGGUCGCCGUGGUUUUUAUUGGAGCUGAUGCGGGAGGUAGCAGUGCAACAGCACCAAUGGCUGGUAAAGGCGGCAUCAUUGUGGGGAGCUAUUUCGCUUCAGCAGCAGCCGCAACGACAAGAACAGCAACAAGGCCAACUGCAGCAGCGAGGCAAUCAGCAAGUUAUGCAACCGCCGCCACUUCUGCACGCCCCACAGCAGGUGGCUUCACUAGCAGCUGCUAUCGGCUGCAUCACAUCCUCUUUAUUGAGGGCACUUUGGGGAUCUGAGGGAGACGCUGCAGCUCUGGUGUAUCUGCAGCUGCAGCGGGCACACAGCCAUCUAUCUGCGCUCCACACAGAUCCCGCGUUUUUGCCGUCCCUUAUCAGCAUGCGCCUGCAUUGGCAGCAGCAGCGACAAAAACAACAAAAACAACAACGGCAAAAACAAAAGCAAAAACAACAACAACUGCAACAACACAUAGGCGACACGCAGUCUAUAGGCCCCACAGACGCUUGGACUUUGAUUAGCCGCACGGACCACGCCUUCAGCUUGUGGUUGAAGCGGCGACAGCAGCAGUGCUUGCUGCUGCUGCCGCAUCAACAGCAGCGACUGCCUGUUGUUGGUGCAAUUUCUGGCUGCGGUUCUCAUUCUAUACACAGUACGUGGCAGCACAUGCCAACGGACGGCGUACAACAGUGGCAACAGCUGCAGAUGAUGCAGCAGGAGCAGCUUCGGCAUUACCAGCAAUCGAUUGCAGUGCACAGCUGGGAUGGAUGGGAGGGACGCAGCAGCAGCAGCAGCAGCAGGUGGAGUGGUAGCUACACGAUCAUCCCUAGCGGUGUGCUGUGGGAAGCGUCUUUGUUGCAGGAGAGCGCGGGUCUCUUGGCUUCCGCCUACCCGACAGCUGCACUGCCGUUGAAUUCACUCAACACCCAGAAACACCAACCGGGGCAGGACCCGCAGGAACUUGUGCUUCCUUUGGGCCCAGUUUUAAGGGCUGUGAAGAGGCAGAUUGCUCACCACAGCGCUUCUCUGCACGCAGAGGCGCCGCUUCUGCAACUACAACGACAAACUGAUGAGCAGCUGAUGCAGGUGUUGCAGCAGCAUUUGCAGCAGCUGCAGCACCAGUUGCAGCAGGUACAAAUGCUGCAAACGCGGCGGAUUGGGGUAGAGGUUCUCGCAGAUGCCACAGCACACACUCCAAACGAGCAUCGAAAUCGGCAGCAACAACAGAAGCUUCAACACGAGCCUAUAGCUGCAGCACUGAGGAUACAGUGGGUGAUGCAUGCUUCUGCGUGCUCAAACGUAGCAGCCCCACAGACCCCUGAGCAGCUUCUGUUUCUGCUGCAAGACGUACGCUGUCUGUUGCGGACAGCACAAACUGCUCUUGAGCAGCGAAUCCAAGCUGCAGAAGCCUUCAUUCCGAAACGCCUCGGUGUAGCUGCAGCUGAACCUACUUCAGAGAAAACCGCUCCAACAUCCUACGGCACGACAACGAGUUCGCCUGCAGCCAUCCAAAGCGGUGUCGGCCACCCCGCUGAAGUUGCGCGAGAUGCUGCUGCUGCUGCCAGCAGAAACACUACCAGUAGUAGCAGCAACAGCAACAGUCGAAGCCCUGUCUUCCCCCUGGGCACCCAGAUACGUGUCAGCUGCAGCGUUAUUGCUAUGCCUCUGGCUAACCCCCCAGCUGAAUUGCUGCAGCUACUGGCCCUGUUCGUUAGCCCAUUGUGGUGGUUUCAGGUGCUCCCUGGUCUUGCUGCUUCUGCAGAUCAGCUGCACACUUGCACUCCGAUCAGGGGUGGCGACGCGCAGCACUUGCGCAAGCUGCAACAGCGUGUGAACCUGCUUAUGCAGCUGCAGGAGCUGCAGCAGCAGCAGCAGGAAUUGUUGCAGGACCUGAAACGGGUCCUGCAGCUGCAGCAACAGCGAGUCACCCAGCAGUAUGGUAUCGUAAGUUCAUUGCGUGCAGCAGCUGAGCAACGACAUCGGAAGGUGCCGCGGGAGCAGCAAUUCAGGACGAAGCAACAGGAACGCCAACAAGCCAGACGGGAGCGUAUGCUGCAACGGCGGGUGCAGCUGCAGGAAAUGGAGGCUGAGGCGAAUAAGGGCAGACUGAUUCUCCUAUCCAAUGUAUGCGCAGCUCUUGCCUUUUCUCAUGAGCACUUCAAGCAGUCUAUGUUGCGUCAACUCCUGCUGCCGCACCUGCUGCAGCAAGACCAGCUGCUCCACCGCAUUGAGAAGCUUCUCCAGCGCUGCCGCCGAAUAGGCUUUCUCCGCCGCCAGCUGAAGAAGGCAAACAGCAGCGUCAACAACAAUGGAAUUGGGGUACCGCAUGUGCAGCAAGAGCAACAGCAAGACCAGCAACAGCAGCUGCUGCGCGGGGAGGUGAUGGCUUCGUUGGCGCAUGGCAUUAAUGAGCUUCACGCAGUUUUGAAAGGCGCAGCGGAGCUCCGCCAGCUGGAGUUGCGGCAACCUUCUGUGCUUAAAAAGUUGCAAGCUGAGAUGCAACAGCAGCAGCCCCCGCAGCAGCACCACCAAAAAAGUCGCAGAGACGCCUUCGCUGAGUGGGCCCUCACAGCUCUCUGCAGCAGCAGCAGCAGUUUGCUGCAAGCGGCGGCAGACCUCAAGACUCCUCCAACUGUUAAAUGGAUCAUUGAUAUAUGGCGGGCGCUGCUUAUUGAAGGCGUUUUGCAUGUCAGCCAGCAGCAUUCAAAGCAGCAAGACCAGCAGCGCCAGGAGUUGCAGCAACAGCUGUUUGCUGCCCUAGCGCUCCGUAUUCGCAAUCAAACGGCAGCAGGGCAGCAGCCGCUGGACGUGGCUGAGCUGUUGAGUGCGGACUGCCCCCUGCCCCCCCGCGUGUCUGCUGCCUUAUUUUCGCUGCUGUACCGCCACAGUCUGCCGCUGUUGCUGCAUCCUCAACGGCAGCAACUGCUACUUUUUUCUGCUUUCCGGGCAGAACAGGAGCAGCACUGGGCACGACGCCGAGUUGACGAGAGGCUGCUUUCGCUGUUGCUUCCUCACAUCGAGUGCUUUGCCAGCGGUUAUCCCGCAGCAACAGAAACAGCAGCAGCAGCAGAAUCGACAUCACUAGAUAGAGCGCCCUGGCCAGCCGAGUGGCUGGACCAAAGCGAAGAGCUGCCCAGCCUCUUCGCUUACGCAACUCAAAUGGCGGUGUUUGCUGCGGCAGCAGUCGCUGCUGUCCCCAGUCCGCUGUUGCCUCAAGAGGUUGCAGACCUUUGGCAGCAGCAACGCCAACAGCUAGUGCAGGAGCGACCAGGCGACACGUCAGCAGCAGCAGUUGCGGUUCCUAGGAAAGGCACAAGCCACACGCUCUCGACAGCAGAGCUACAGAAACGCAUUGGGAGUUUGCUACAGAAAAUAAAUGCUUCCUUGCUGCUGCAGCAGGACACUUGGUACCGUCUGCGACGAAUUUUGCAGUACAUGGCUCAGCAGCAGCAGGAGCCGCAGCAGAAUCCUCUGGCGGUACAGCACGAAGAUCCAGCAGUAGCUUCGCAAGAGGCAACAUGUUCAGUGCACAAUCAGUUUUGUGAGGCGGCCUCGAAUUUUCAAUCCUGUUUUGUUCGGAGGCAAAGUGCCGGCAACCUUCAUAUGAUCCAGCCGUCGCUGCAAGUGUUGCAGCAGUGCAGCCGUCUUGCUCUCGCGUUUUGCAGCUGGGGUCGCUUUGAGUGCCUAGCGCUGCAGCUGCUACUCCAGGUUGCAGCUGCUGCUGUGCAUGCCCUCCGCCCUCUUGCGCCUCUCUGGAUGCAACAACAACAACAGGCACUGCAGCAAGCUGCCGCGGCAGAAGACGUCCAUCCUCCGCUUGUGGUGCUGCAACAGCAGCAGCUGUCUCGGGCUCGUGCCGCGAUUGAAGAGGCAACGAGCGAUUUGGGCCUUACUGUAUCCUUACUGCAGUGUCUCUGCCCUCAUAUUCUUAGGAGCCUUAUGCAUACGGCUGAUCUGCAGCGGCUUCUAAAGGACUGCGAUGUUCUUUUGGAAGCAACAGCUGCGGCAAGGCGGCACACACCUCUCUCGCGCCCAGCAGCUGCUGCUGCAGGGACAGCAACAGAGGAAGUUGCCGACAUAUACACGACAGCGACAGUAUCAGCGAAAGCAGACGAUACAGCAUGUGCAACAGCGGAUGCAGAUUCCCUCGGGCUUGAUGCAGUGACAGCAGUAUCAGCCUCAGAAGACGCCCUUGAAGGAUUUACGGCAGAAGCAGCAGAAUCAUCAGGAGUCGUACGAUUCGGCAAGGAGUUCUCUGAUGCAGAAACCGCGAAACCAAAAGCAAAAGGUGGUUGGGACUGGAAUUUGCUGGAGACUGAAGUAGCGAGUAUCCUCCGUACGCUUAUUCCAACCGCGGAGGGGUCGCCAGCUAAGGCAGCGCACAUGAGGGUUUGUGGUGUUGCGUGCACCCGUAGUAAGCAGGACAUGGAGGAGCCGCCACCGCAGCAGCUUCUGGACCCGUUGCAGCUGCAACGGCAGGGCAAGCCACUGCUAUUGGCGUUUAUAUUCCCAGCGGAUACUUGGGGCCGUAGACAGGGGAUUUUGUUGCCGAAGAAGCUGCUGCAGUUAUUCCUUCUUCGGCGCCUUGGCUGGGAGGUGAGGCCACGAUUUGUUUGCCGUCUUACGGAUGCAUAG